UUUGUCUCCCAGUCCUGCUCCUCCUCUCAUGGCCGGUUCUGUGGGGUCGAACAGAGCAGCGGAUAGGGUCGGUGACAGCGGCUGGAGAAGGCCGUCUACCAAGCGGCGGUGCGGCUCGGUGUGAGGUGAUGGUUACAGAAGCUAAAUGACGCCAUUUAAAAAAAGAGGCGAAGCAGUGAUUAAUGGCAGCGUUCUAGGGCCCGUCCACUGGAGGAGUCCAACAGCAAGAGAAACUGGUCACUUGCCAUAAUGAAGAAAAUCAGUCUGAAGACAUUUCGUAAAUCUUUUAACUUGAACAAAAGCAAAGAAGAAAAUGAUUUUGUAAUGGUACAGCAGCCUUCAAUUGCCAAUACCUUUGUGAAAGAUGACUCUCUGUUUGGUAGCUGCUAUGGCAAAGACUUGACAGGCUGUGAAAUCAACAGUGAAGAUGAGAAAGGCGGCAAAAAUAGGUCAAAAAGUGAGAGCUUAAUGGGGACUUUGAAAAGGCGCCUUUCAGCAAAGCAGAAGCAAAAAGGAAAGGGAAGCACAUCGGUUAACUCUGCAGAAGAGGACACAUUUUCUUCAUCUUCUGCACCUAUAACUUUUAAAGAUGUGAGAUCUCAAAGGCCUCUAAGGUCAACAUCCCUUCGAACACACCAUUACAGUCCAACUCCAUGGCCCUUACGUCCAACAAACUCUGAAGAGACCUGUAUAAAAAUGGAAGUGAAAGUUAAAGCGUUGGUCCAUUCCACCAGUCCCAGCCCUGUGCUUAACGGUGUUCGAAAGGACUUUCAUGAGCUGCAGUCAGAUAAUGUUUAUCAGGAACAAAGUAGUGCAUUGAAAAGUACAGAGUCCCAUAAUGGAGAUCUCCAUCUGCAUAUUAACGAUCACGUGCCUGUAGUUAUAGGACUUAUGCCUCAGGACUAUAUUCAGUAUACUGUGCCUUUAGAUGAGGGAAUGUAUCCUUUGGAAGGACCACGUACUUACUGUUUGGAUAGCUCAUCCCCGAUGGAAAUUUCUGCUGUACCUUCCCAAAUAGGAAGUAACGGCUUCCACGAAGAGGAAAGUCACGUAGCUUCGGAUGUAGUAGUGGCUUCGGACAUCUUUGUGGACCAGACGGUGAAUGGUCUACUGCAUAGUACCAAUAGAGUGAUUUUUCAAAACUCCAGGGUAAGUCACAGUGACGUCCCACCACUCUCACCAUUGCUACCUCCAAUCCAGAGUAGUCAAAUCCAAAGGAACUUUGCAGGACUUAAUAGCACAGAAGCACACAUGGCUGAAAGCAUUCGUUGCCAUUUGAAUUUCGAUCCCAACACUGCUCCUGGUGUGGCCCGAGUCUAUGACUCUGUACAAAGCAGUGGACCUAUGGUUGUCACCAGUCUUACCGAGGAGCUAAAAAAACUUGCAAAACAAGGUUGGUACUGGGGACCCAUCACCCGCUGGGAAGCAGAAGAAAAAUUGGCAAACGUGCCAGAUGGCUCCUUUCUGGUCCGAGACAGUUCUGAUGACCGUUACCUUUUAAGCCUAAGUUUUCGUUCCCAUAGUAAAACUCUUCAUACUAGAAUUGAACAUUCAAAUGGUAGAUUUAGCUUUUACGAACAACCAGACGUGGAAGGACAUACCUCCAUCGUUGACCUUAUAGAACAUUCCAUCAGGGACUCUGAAAAUGGAGCGUUUUGCUACUCCAGGUCUCGCGUUCCAGGAUCAGCGACGUAUCCAGUUAGACUGACGAAUCCAGUGUCUCGAUUUAUGCAGGUGCGGUCUUUGCAGUACCUGUGCCGUUUUGUCAUACGUCAGUACACCAGAAUAGACCUGAUUCAGAAACUGCCUUUGCCAAACAAAAUGAAGGAUUAUUUACAGGAAAAGCACUACUGAACUUGUGGGAAUUUUGCAAUUUGCACUUUGGGAUAAAAAAAACAUGAAAUACAGUUUACAAACUUUCAUUGCUAUGUGACUAUUUUGCUGCCAUACAUUUUAGUUCUGAGAAAUACGUGUAAUGCAUUAUUCUCUUUAUCAUUUUUUUCUUAAUAGUAAAACCAUAAAACAUCUGAUGAGUGAAAUCACCAUCUUUUAUCAACAUCUAAAAUCACAAUGUGAACUAUUAGAUUCUCCUAUUUUUUCCAUGUUCUUAGCUGCUAUCCACUGUGACUAUUAUGCAUUGAAAGCACACAUUUCAUGUGUUCUUUACCACCGCUGACAUUAAAUUGAACCUGUAGAUUUCA